AUGGCGCCUGUCCCAAUCGCUCUAUGCGGCAAGCAUGCCGAUAUGGCCGACGCAUUCAUCUCCGGCAUGCUACCAGAAUUCGAAGGUACGGAACCACAACGUGCCCAAAAAAAGAAAAACUUGUCCCAACAACAAGAGCUUACAACCAACUACCAACUCCAGUGGUACACGUCUGCCAUUCCGCUCCCGUCGCCAUUUCCGAACUCCGCGCGCUCCUGCGCGGUGAACGCACGGAACCCGCCUCGGGCAGAGGCACGAAUUUCAAAACGGCCGAAGCAGCGAAAGCUCCCAAGGCGAUCUUUGUGGGCGGUGGGUUCGCUCCGAGCGAAUUGGACGAGAUGAGGAGUAAGUCGACUGCUUCACUAUUAUGAUCAUUCAUCUUGAGGUCGGCAUUUUCUCGCGCUUACGAUUCCCGAUGAUGAAAGGCGUCGAGGAACUCCAACGCGUCCCGUGGCUCUACCCUUCCGCCGCCAGGCGCGCGGCGGGCGAGCAAGCCCGUGGGAACCUCGCCCCUCCGCCCAUGGAUAUCAUUCUCGGUCGCGCCAAGGGGGCGAUGAAGGAGAAGGGACUUCUAGAUGCACCCGACGGUCACGGCUCGGGAAUCUUGUGGGAAUACUGA